AUGAUGCGCGACGCGAAAAAACUGUACUGGGAUGAAAUUAGCAGCUCUCUAGCGCGGUACCCGGAAUUGACGCCGCAUUAUAUUUUAGUUACCCAAGCACAGGACAAUGGCCAUCCAUCUUUAUCAGGAACAGUUACUGUAUAUAUAAAUGUUAUCGACCUGAAUGAUAACGCUCCUAUUUUUGACCCGAUGAGUUUUUCGAAUGAAAUCCUUGAAGACGUACCUGUGGGCACAUCCGUUGUAACUGUUAGUGCAACUGAUUUCGAUUCAGGCUGGAACGGGAAACUGACAUACAGUAUAACUUCAGGAGAUGAUGAUGAAGACUUUACAAUAUCUUCAAAUGGUACAAUCCAUACAGCAAAAUUAUUGGAUAGAGAAAAAAUAUCUUUGUAUAAUUUGAUAAUAACAGCGAAGGAUUUAGCAAAUCCCCCAGAGCCUAGAUUAUCUUCUACUGUUCAGGUAACAGUUCAAUUAAAAGACGUAAAUGACAUGGCUCCUGAGUUUGUAAGUGCUAAUAUGACUACAGUAUCUGAAAAUAUUCCUCUAAAUACUGUUAUUAUGACAAUAAAAGCAGUAGACAAAGAUGAAGGGAGGAAUGGUUACGUGGAAUAUUUUAUGGAUUCUAGCCCUGAUGUUAACGGAUAUUUUUCUCUGGGAAAUGUGGACGGUAUUUUGCGAGCAACUGGAAAACUUGAUCGAGAAUUAAAAUCCUCCUAUACAAUUAUAGUAAAAGCAAAAGAUAGGGGCGACCCAGCUCAAAUUACAACAACAGAGAUUACUAUUAAAAUAUUAGACGAGAAUGAUAAUAGCCCUGUUUUUGAUCCUAAGCAAUAUAGUGCAUCCGUACCGGAAAAUGCAAGCAUAGGUGCAAGCGUAUUGCAAGUAUCUGCAACUGAUGUCGACGAAGACGCAAAUGGUAGAGUAAGAUAUUCGAUAGAUUUUGGAGAUGAAAACAGGGACUUUAGCAUUAGUGAAGACACUGGAAUAGUAAGAGUUGCCAAAAAUUUGAACUAUGAAAGAAAAUCUCGGUAUGUUCUUACAAUAAGAGCUGAAGAUUGUGCUAAAGAUGAUGUUCGAUUUGAUACGGCAGAGCUGUCAAUAUCAUUACAAGAUAUUAACGAUAAUCCACCAACUUUUUUGGACUCACCGUAUUUAGCAUAUGUAAUGGAAAACAUUAUUCCUCCAAAUGGUGGAUAUAUUCUGACAGUACACGCUUAUGACGCAGAUUCACCGCCUUUUAAUAAUCAAGUCCGCUAUUUUAUAAAAGAAGGCGAUGCUGAUCUUUUUAAAAUAAAUGCAUCAUCGGGUCAAAUCUCUCUACUAAGAACUUUGGAUAGAGAAGCACAAGAUGAAUACACGCUGUCUUUAGUUGCAAUGGAUACAGGUUCUCCUCCAUUAACAGGGUCGGGAACAGUUAAAGUAAUUGUUCAAGAUGUAAAUGACAACAGUCCCGACUUUGAAAGACAAAGUUACAAAGCGCAUAUCAAAGAAAACUCCCCACUUGGUACAAUAAUACUAAAUCCAAAAGCAAUUGACAAAGAUAUAGGAAACAAUGCUAAAAUAAGAUACAGCUUACUUGGGGAUAAAUCUGAAAGAUUUGUCAUAAAUCCAGUUACAGGCGUAAUUACAAAUAAUGAAACAUUGGACAGGGAGGAGUGGGAAACGUAUUAUUUAAUUGUGAUGGCUCAAGAUUCAUCUACCACAGAUCCACGAACAGCCACAGCUAAUGUCACAAUAGUUGUUGAUGAUGAAAAUGAUAAUACACCUUCAUUUUCUCAAACAGUUUACGAAGUUUUCAUAUCUGAAAAAACUAAGGCAAAUGAUUUUAUUUUUGGUGUAAAAGCGAAAGAUAAUGACGUUGGUCUAAACAAAAAAAUUAUUUAUAAUUUGAAAGGGGAGCAUCAGGAUUUGUUCACCAUAAAUAAAGAAACCGGUGUGAUCAAAGCAAAAGAAGCUCUAAACAAAUAUAAUGAUAGAACUAAACUAUCACCUACAUUUAAUUUAGUAAUUGUAGCUACGGACUGUGGUAUUUCAUCUCGACAAAGCUCAGCAGACUUGAUUUUAAUACCCAAAUCGGGAAAGAAUUUCCCUAAGUUCACCGUUACGAAUAAAUUAACAUUUACAUUCCCCGAAGAUACUCCAGAAGGAGUAUUAGUGAAUCGUUUAUCAGCUACGUCUCCCAAAAAGGGGUCUGUAGGCUUACUACAAUACUCAGUAGCAGGUGGCAACGUUGGAGAUGCACUACGAGUAGAACCAAUGAGUGGAGAAGUUUUCAUUACGGGAAAAGGAUUCGAUUAUGAAACGAUGCCUCUAUACGAGGUGUGGUUUGAAGUUAGAGACUCCGACAAUCCACCUUUAAAAUCUUUUAUAGAAAUAGAAAUAAAAGUUUCUGAUGCCAACGAUAAUGCACCUGUUAUUGAACAAAUGUUAUAUAAUGCUACUGUACCCGAAGAAGAAUCACCACCACAAACAGUGAUAAAAAUUGAAGCUCAUGAUGACGACUCAGAUGGAAAUGGAAAGAUUGCAUUUAGACUCGUAAAUGAUUAUGAAGAAACUUUCGUAAUCGAUACAGAUAAUGGUGAAAUUUAUACUAAUAUUGCCUUAGAUAGGGAAUCGAUCCCAUUUUAUGAAAUCAUAGUUGAAGCAGUAGACCAUGGUGUACCCCAGCUCACUGGAACAUCCACUGUUCUUGUAACUGUAUCUGAUAAAAAUGAUAAUCCACCUAGGUUUACGCGACUCUUUAGCGUGAAUGUAACCGAAAAUGCAGAAAUUGGUUCAUUUGUUAUCAAAGUUACAAGUUCAGAUUUAGAUAUUGGAACAAAUGCUAAUGCUACUUACAGUUUCGUAGAAAAUCCUGGAGAAAAGUUUGUGAUUGAUCCCGUUACAGGUAACGUGACUGUAGCGCGUCCGCUAGACCGAGAAAUACAAGAUGAAUACAUUUUAAAAGUUGCAGCGAUUGAUGGGGCGUGGAGGUCUGAAACACCUUUAACUAUCACCAUACAGGAUCAAAAUGACAAUGCACCUGAAUUUGAAUAUUCAUAUUACAGCUUUAAUUUCCCAGAAUUGCAACGGAAAAACAGUUUUGUUGGACAAGUUAUUGCUACUGAUAAAGAUAAACAAGGACCUAAUUCAAUUAUUUCUUAUUCUUUACAACAAACAUCAGAUUUGUUUUCUAUUGAUCCUGCUACCGGGGAAAUUUCAAGCAAAUUUACUAUGAACUAUAAACGUACACCAGUCAAUUCGUCACCUGAAAAUACUUAUUCUGUUAUUGUAGUAGCUACUGAUAAUGGUAAACCACCCAUGUCGUCUGAUUGCCUCGUCACCAUAAAUAUUGUAGAUGCCAAUAACAAUAAACCUAAAUUUAAGCCACACGAAACACUAGUACCUGUCCCACAUGAUGCCACGCUUGGUGAAAAGAUAAUCAAGUUGCAAGCUGAAGACACUUUAGAUUAUGGGAUUAAUGCUGAAAUAGAGUACCAUGUUUUUAGUGGGAAUGGAACAGCAUUCUUUUCAGUUGAUAAAAUAUCGGGAUGGAUAGUAGUAAGCAAACAAUUUUAUAAUGUUGGGCAGUAUUACAAUAUCAAAGUAAAAGCAGUUGACAAAGGAGUCCCACCACAAUGGGAUAUAACAAAUUUACAAUUUGUUGUAACUGGAGAAAAUAUUCAUAGCCCCAAAUUUACAGCUCUAAGUUAUCAAGUAAUAGUGCCUGAAAAUGAGCCAGUCGGAUCUUCUAUCCUAACAUUAAAAAGUAACGAUGAAGACGAUGGUCCUAAUGGCAUAAUACGAUAUGAAAUUUCAUCAGGAAAUGAGGACGAUGUCUUUAAAAUCCACCCCGUAUCAGGUGUAAUUAGUAUACGACGUUCACUCGAUUAUGAUGAGGUUCAAGAAUACAGACUUAAUAUCACUGCAAAAGAUUUGGGAUUCAAACCUAAAGAGGCAACUGCAACAGUUACAAUUAUCCUAACAGACAUUAAUGAUAACGCUCCUAUUUUCAACCAAUCUCAUUACAUUGCAUUUUUGCAAGAAAAUUCACCGAUAAAUACAUUCAUAUUCAGUGUAGAAGCCGUAGAUGUUGAUUCACCGAAAAAUGCAAUUAUUAAGUAUCGUAUUAUAAAUGGAAUGACGUCGUUAUUUAAUAUAGAUUCUAAUACUGGAAAAAUAUUUUCUAAGGAAAUAUUUGAUUUCGAAGAAAAAACAACGUAUAAAAUAGAAGUUAUGGCUGAAAACCCAGAUUCGACUAUGCGCAGCACUACCGAGGUUGAAGUGCAUAUUACAGGCGUAAACGAAUAUUAUCCAAAGUUUGUACAACCCGUAUUUCACUUUGAUGUAUCAGAAUCUGCUGAAGUAGGUACAAAUGUUGGUGUAAUUCAAGCAACCGAUCAAGACAGUGGUGACGAUGGAGUUAUUUAUUAUUUGUUUGUAGGAUCAAGUAACGAUAAAGGUUUCAAUAUUAAUUCACAGACUGGCGUAAUUAGGGUAGCUCGAUACUUAGACAGAGAAACUCAAAAUAGAGUUGUUUUAACGGUGCUAGCUAAAAACUAUGGAAGUAUUCAUGGUAACGAUACAGACGAGGCACAGAUCAUAAUAUCAAUUCAAGAUGGUAACGAUCCACCAGAGUUUUUGCGAAACUAUUACGAAGCAACGAUUUCAGAAGGUUCAAAGAUAGGCCAAGAAGUUAUACAAGUACAAGCUAUAGACAAAGAUGUCCGCCCGCAAAAUAAUCAAUUCAGCUAUUCAAUUAUUUCGGGUAAUGGAAAUCAAGAUUUCAAAAUUGAUCCUCAGAGUGGUAUAAUAGAAGUCAGUCGGCAUCUUGAUCGCGAAACUUUAUCUUCUUAUUCGUUAAUAGUGGGUGCAAUAGAUACUGGAAUUCCACCACAAACAGGUACUACAACUGUGAAAAUAACUUUGACUGAUAUAAAUGAUAAUGGGCCUAUAUUUGAUACAGAAAACUUCGAUGGUUCUGUUUAUGAAAAUGAACCUCCUAAUACAAGCAUUACAACGCUCUCUGCAAAAGAUCCUGACCUACCUCCAAAUGGUGCACCAUUUUCUUAUACUAUUAUUGGAGGAAAACAUCAAAGUUUUGUAAAAGUGCAAAAACAUACUGGUGUACUUUUUACUACAAGAAAAAUUGAUAGAGAACUUACUCCAAACCUAGAAGUAAUGAUACAAAUAGAAGAUAGUGGAAUGCCUGUAAUGUCUUCAAACUAUACCAUUCAUAUCAAGGUAUUAGACAGAAAUGAUAAUCCGCCAACACCAAGAUCAGUCCAUGUUCUUGUUUUUGCCUUUAAUAAUAAAUUACCUCCCAGUAAGAUAGCUGACGUUAAACCAAAUGAUCCAGAUAUCGUUGGUGACUAUAAAUGCAAAAUGAUUAAAGAGUCAACAUCUGAAAGUACUCUUUCGCUUUUGAGUAUAAGAAAGGGAUGUGACUUGUAUUCUAACUCUGUGAAACCUGGUCAAGGUUAUUCUUUUUCAGUAUCUGGAAAUGAUGGAAUUCAUAGAGACGUUGUCUCAUCAGUCAGCGUUGAGUACUUUUCCUUUGAUAACAAUACAGUUGAAGAAUCAGUCACUGUCCGAAUAUUUAACAUGACAGCUAACGACUUUUUAUCGCAUUAUUAUCGAAUUUUAUUAGAAACGCUAAAAGUAGGUUUUAAAAAUAAAGAAAGUGUAUAUCUGUACAGUAUUAAUGAAGCUAAAAGAACUUUAGAUUUAACCAUGGCUAUAAAAGUAAAUAACGUGAUAUGGAAAAGAGACAGUACGGAAAAGCAUCUUAAAUCAAAAGAGUCAGAAAUAAAAAAAAUAUUAAAAAAACAAAUUAUACUCCCCUUUUUUCCUUGUGCUCAAAAUUCAUGUGAAAAUGACGGCAUAUGUACCGAUGCAAUCAAUGUAUUGGAUGACACCAAAAUUACAGAAAGUUCCACUCUGAUUAUAUCUUCACCGUUAGUGCAACAUGAUUAUGAAUGUCAUUGUAAUGAUCGCUUUAUGGGUAAAAAUUGUGAAAAACGUCAAGAUCCAUGUUCACCAAACCCAUGCAAAUUCGGAGCACAGUGCAGAAAACAAGGUCACGAUUUUAUGUGCUUGUGUCCAGAUCGAAGAGAAGGUAAAACUUGCGAAUUAGAACGUGAUGAUGCGUGUAGUAGCAACCCAUGCAAAAAUGGUGGUUCCUGCAAGGAAAGUUCGGAUAGAAACUCUUUCUUCUGUCUUUGUCGACCGGGAUAUCGAGGAAAUCAAUGCGAAGGUCUCAUAGACUCAUGCAGACCUAAUCCUUGUUUACAUGGAGGGAUAUGUAUCAGCUUAAAACCAGGUUAUAAAUGCAGCUGCACAAACGGUCGUUAUGGUACACACUGUGAAAGCUCAACAUUUGGUUUUAAUGAAUUGUCGUAUAUGCAAUUUCCGACAUUAGAUGCUUCGACGAAUGAUAUUACCCUCGUAUUUGCCACAACAAAAUCAGAUGCGUUGUUGCUUUAUAAUUACGGAGCUCAAACCGGAGGCAGAUCUGAUUUUAUUGCCAUAGAACUACUUGGAGGAAAACCUGUAUUUUCAUUUGGUGGUGCUCGGACAUCAAUUACUACAGUUGCUAUUACAGAAACAGAUAAAAAUUUAGCGGAUGGAAAAUGGUACAAAUUAACAGCAACACGAAAUGGCCGAGUUAUUUCUCUAAGCAUAGCUACCUGUACUGACCACGGAGACGUGUGUACGGAAUGUGAGCCCGGUGACAAAUCAUGCUACGACGAUGAUACUGGCCAAGCAGGAACUUUGAAUUUCAACAAUGAACCUCUUCUCAUCGGCGGCUUACACAAAGCAGAUCCAGUCUUAGAACGUCCGGGACAAAUACACUCGGAUGAUUUUGUUGGCUGUAUGCACAGUAUUACAAUCAAUGGUCGGUUAUUAAACUUGACUAAUCCUUUGAAAGCUCGCGGAGUUGAACCGAAUUGCGAUAGAUCUGAAAGAGGAGCAUGUUUCAAAAAGGAUAUAUGUGGUGUAGGAGAAUGUAUCGAUCGCUGGAAAACAAAUUAUUGUACAUGUGGUAAUAAUAUACUGUCAUCUGAUUGUAGUAACUCACUUCAAAGCAUAUCCGUCGGGGACAAUGGAUAUGUAAUAUACACAAUUUCAGAAAAACACAGAAGGAUGCAAUUACUUGAAUCAUUUUACGGUGGUAAUACUGCUUGGGAGAAAAAGUUAACUAAAGGCGUGACAAAAGCAAUAUCUAAAGCUACUAAUCCCGCUAAGGUUUUGUCUUUUUCAUUUAAAACUCAUAGAAAAGUCGGUUUACUCUUUUAUGCUGCUACGGAAAAAUAUUAUACGCUAAUUGAAUUAAUUGAAGGAAAAGUAAGCUAUACGUCAAAACAAAGUUCACUAGUAAAUAUGACGCAAAUGGAACAACGCGAUGUUUCCGACGGAAAUUGGCAUAAUGUAACAUUAUUUGGUUAUGGCAGAAGCAUAAAGUUGCUGGUUGACGAUAGAUUGGUUGGAGAAGAACUGGAUGCUGCAAGCGUACACGACUUUUUAGAUCCAUACUUAACUGCCAUAUCAUUAGGCGGUGUAAAAUCUGAAUGGAUAUCAUCAUACAAUAAGUUCGAAGGAUGUCUAGCAAACUUAACUAUAAAUAAUGAGAUUCAACCAUUUAUUGGAAACGGUAGCAUCUUAAGAGAUGUUACACGCAAGGGAAAAAUAAUUUCGGGUUGUCAUAGCGCUUUCGGAGCUGGAUUAACUCAAAACCCUGAUCCAUUAAGUAUUGGAAUUACAUUGGUUAUUUCGUUUUUCAUAAUAUUAAUUGUCGCUAUAUUGGUGUCCUUUAUUGUAUUUCGUCUGCGCAAACAGAAAAAGGAGAAAGCUGGUGUUCCAAAUGUAAAAAGUAAUGUGGUACACACUAAGCAAAAUGGUGGUCCUGCAAUGUUAAAUGCACCAAAUUUAAUCGCUGGUACCAAUGAUAGUCUAAUGAAUAGAAAUAUACAUAGUAAUGAAACGAGUUUAAACAGUUACAUGUCCGAAAAUGCAGAUAUAAUGAGAAACGUUGGCCAUAUUGUAGGGCCGGAACUUCUAUCCAAAAAGUAUAAAGAUCGUGAAAUAAUGAAUAUUGAUCCACCUAGACCACAACGGCCGGAUAUAAUUGAACGCGAAGUAGUGGGAAAAAGUCCAGCUCUUAGAGAUGAUCACCAUCCACCCCCGCCACCAUCAACUAACACAUCCCACUCACAUAAUCAUGACCAUCCCAGUGGUAUGGAUUUGAAUUCAGAAGUUCCUGAACAUUAUGAUCUGGAAAACGCUAGUUCGAUUGCACCUUCAGAUAUAGAUAUUGUAUAUCACUACAAAGGGUUUAGAGAAGCAGCCGGUGUUCGGAAAUACAAAGCGACGCCUCCUCCACUUGCAAGUUACCACCACAAACAUCAGACUCCACAACAUAGACAUUCUCCUCAUCAUUCAAGUGGUUAUCCACCAAGAGUACUACCACAAGCUUCACAACCACCUCCUCAACCAAGACAGCAUCAAACGACACCUUUAGCUCGACUUUCGCCAAGUAGUGAACUGAGCCAACAACCCAGAAUACUGACUCUUCACGACAUAUCAGGAAAGCCACUCCAGAGUGCUUUAUUGGCAACAACUUCUAGUUCAGGUGGAGUCGGUAAAGAUGCCUUACAUAGUAAUAGUGAACGGAGUUUAAACAGUCCAGUAAUGUCCCAAUUGAGCGGACAAAGCUCUUCAGCAGGUAGAAAAACACCUAACGCAUCUGCUCAGGCGCAACAAGUAUCAGUGGGCUCUGGAGCAGUAGGCCUAACUGCAGAAGAAAUAGAAAGAAUGAAUGCAAGGCAACGUACCUCAAGUUUAGUAUCCACCUUAGAUGCAGUAUCAAGCUCUAGUGAGGCUCCACGUAGUGGCGGUGUUAGCCAUCAUAUGUCACACAGGCAUCACUCUCCACCAGUAGACAACAGAAGUUCAACAGGAUCAGAUGAUGAAAGUGGUAAUGACAGCUUUACGUGUUCAGAAAUAGAAUAUGACAAUAAUAGCUUAAGUGCGGAUAAACCUGAUGACGUAAGAAGACAAAAUGUUAAUAGCACAAGUAAUAAUAAAAAACCAAUAUUACCACCGCCAUACGAAAGUUUUGACUCGUCAUUUCGUGGUUCAUUAAGCACUCUAGUCGCAUCGGAUGACGAUCUCGCUCCUCAUGUGGGUUCAGCAUUGUAUAGACAAGCUAACGGCUCUCCGGCCCCGGCCACUCUAGGCUGGGAUUAUUUAUUGAAUUGGGGUCCCAACUUUGAGAGCAUGAUAGGAGUUUUUAAAGACAUUGCUGAACUACCUGAUUCUGUCAAUGGCCGAAUGUCUUCAUCUUUAAGGCUUCCUAAUGGAACGCCAAAACCAUCCGAAGAAUAUGUUUAACAAUGUAUAAUAUUUUCCUUGUAAAUAAUUAUAGUAAAUGUACAUAAUUUUUACGAUCUUGUAUCAAGAUCUCUUUAAUGUAUCUUGCCAUAUUUUUGUUAAAUAUAGAUUUUAAUAAUAGGUUAACAAUUAAUUAUGAUGUUAGUGCUUAUUUCCUAAAUUGAAACCUCAUUUUCAAAUGUAAUUAAUGUAAAUAGUAAAUACGUAUUUUUGUAAAUAUAAAGUUCCAAUGGUUUCAAGGAUAAGUGUCAAAAAGUUAUAAUUUCAAUUUAGGAUGUAAAGAUCAAUAAAUGAAAAUUAAAUAAUUACUACCUCUUAAUAUUAUUGUAAAAUUCCAGCACAAUGUUCAUUUCGAAUUUAAUAAACUAAUACAUAUUGGGUUUGGUAGUGAUUGUACAAUAUGCAAAAUAUUAUUAUUGGAACAAUAGACUGAAUUUAUGUAACUCUUAACUUAUACUUGGUAUGUGAUAGCUUUGUUUGUCACAGAUUUAUAAAAGUAUGACAACGCUUUAUGUUUGCCAUACGCAUAGUGAAUUACGUGCCAAAUGUUACUUCUGUUCGAAAGAACCGACUGAUUUUAAAUGUAAAAAUAAACGAAAUCAAAAUACA